AUGUGUUUCGGAACACGUUUAUGGAGCAUGACUCAAAAUACUCCGUAUGUCGUUGUGUUCGGAAAUGUGCCACUGGGAGACGGGGACGUCUUCCGGAACUUAUGGCCAGUCCGAAGAACUAGUCCCUCCACGACUAGGCGGAAAACCCGGAAGUCGAAAUCAAGAACGGGAGGAGGUCGCGGCGCGGACGGUUCGAAUGCGCGCCGACCCAUCCCUGUUCCGUACGCUCGCAAUGCGGACGGACGGAUCCGAUGCGUUCCCUCUCCUGCAACACUCUCGUACACGGCACCCACGGUGUGGGUCGCCUAUGCGGAUCCGACUCUUCGCGUCUUUGGUGUGUACCUAUUCCUUCCUCGGACAGGUUCGUUACCUACCCACUGCUACGACGACUGCACCCGGUGGUUUCGACAACCACUAUUGCACUCUUCUACCAAGUAUCCCCACACGCAUCGGUUCCGAAACGCUUGCGACGCCGUAUCGGCUCCAGUUUCGUUCACCCUUCCCCAGAGUCGCGCGCGAUCGUUGGUGAACAACAUGCCUUCCCUUGCCUCCAUCGAAGUUCCUUUGGACAUCGUCGAGGAUGACAAUGACCAAACACACCAGGACGACACCACCGGACUAGGCAAACGUCUACAAAAGUCAGUUGCAACAUCGAAGGCUUCCGUGGUCACCGUCACUUCCGCUGCGAAUGCGUCGCCCUCGUCGAACGCUGCGGCGGACGACGCGACGCCGUGCGGGAGCGUUCCGGAAACCCGCAAAAUAACUCCAACAGAUACCAAGCCAUCCCGUAGUGCGUUGCCUCGACAACAGCAAAAGACACUCGCCGGAUUCUUUGCGGUUGGGAAACGAUCACCAUCGUCCGUCCGCCCGACGAACCCGCGGAAGGCGUGUGGGAGCCGUACGACGCUCCGCACGGAUUCCACGACUCCGACGUCCCUGCCCCGCACCGCCGUCCCCGUGACGACGACGACGACGACAAACAAGGCCAAUACCCGCAGUGCGCGGUCCCAGUCCCAGGCUACCACUCCCGCCGCUCGUCCCGUCGUGCCAUCCUCCGUCGGGACCCGUGCCGGACUCGGACCCCAGCAGGCGGCCCUCAUGGACAUUUGCCUCGGCCGUGUGAAUCUCCUCCCUUGCUUCGAUCACAACACACCGAACGAUCGGCGGGAUCCGACGACGCCACCACCACCAACGGUCGCUUCCGCAACAAAAGACGCGCCGACGAUUCCACCCGAGGAGGCCUCCACAAAAUCAACGACGGAUCGGGGCUCCAGGGGGAAGACGCUGACGACCGACACGCACGAACCAGCCGUCGUGGAUCUUACAAUUGAUACCGUGGGAACAAACAAGAGUUGUACCAAGACGAUCGUGCCCACGGGUACCACCCAGAGCUUACGGUCAGUACACGAUGCCGCGAUGGUGCAACCAGGCCACGGUUCCGCCCGUCUCGAUACCUCGAGUCCUCCUCGUGCCAAAGUAGACACAGAGGCCUCUUCCGACCACCGUACGGUCCAUUCCACCAACGAAACACAGACGCGUCCGUCGGCGCAAUACGACUCACUCCGCCUUCAGGCUCAGGCCCGCGCCCAAUCUGUGUUGCAACGCUGCCGAACUAUUGCGGAAGAAGACUUUACCGUGGCCUUGCCCAAAAUAUCCCCGUUGUCGAAAGAUGAGAUUUUAGCCACGGAAUCGAGUGACUUUCCGGAACCAGCCGUAGAAUGCCUAGCGGCACUCGUGGAAGGCAGUGCUUUGCCGCUGGCAGCGCUGGCGGCAUACGUUGCGAACGAGCUCAAUGGAAUCUACAACACCAAGGUAUUUACCCACACUCUCGUCACGGCCAAGAUCCCGCUCGUGGCCAACCGUAAACAAUACGUAAAACACCCGUCCGCGGCCUCGGUCACCGGCGACGGGGAUUCGGUAGCGGCACCGUCGCCGCCACCCGUCCGUGCACUGGAAGACGAUCGGCCGGAUCACGUAUGGCGAUGGGAAUUGACCGUUCCGGAGUUGCUGGAACCCGUCUCGCGCAAGCUCGUCCUCAAAGCGCGUUCCGCGCGUCGCAAGCUCGCGGCCGAGUUUCAAAGCUGUGCCAAAGUCCUCCAAGUCUUGACCGAAAUGGACGCCUGGUGGUUGCGGGAGCCAGCGCCACCCCAACCAGCCUCGACCAAAAAAUUUGAAAGGCUCACCACUCGUCUCGUGCUCGAGCAAACACGCUUGCUCAAGUACGCCCGGGACGAAGAAGCGGCCAAACUCGCGGAACAGGCCCAGCGGAAAAAGCUACGGGAGGCGUCCGUCGCCAAGGCUACGCAACAAGCCGAAGCGGCCGCCGCUAAACAGCGAAUCAAAGAACAAGCUGCCGCGGAAAAACAACGGAAAAAAGACGAAGCCGAGGCGGAAAAGCAGCGUAAAAAGGACGAAGCCGAUCGCAAGCUUCAGGAAAAGGAAGAUGCCGCACGUGAGGCUACGGAAGCGAAACAAGCCAAAUUGCGCAAGCAAAAAUCCUGCUUGAUGAGUUUCUUAUCUGCAACGAAGAAAGCUUCGGAAGAGGCAACGCAUGAGCAUUUGACAUCCUUUGUCGAAGCGAUGGAAGCGGUAGACUGCGAGAUGGAGCCGACACUGGGCUCUGCUCCCACUUCUCCUCUCAAGCCAACGAAAAGUCAUUUCGAUGUCGUCGCCUUUCGUGCUGCUUUGGAACGAGGGGUCGUUCCUUCCAAGUCUCAAGCGUGUAGCAGACAUGGACGCUAUUGGAAAGCAAGUCGACACCGCCGGACAAAAAUGGUAAAUAUGGAGGUUUUUGUGACUGUAGUGCCGGAAAAUGGAGCCUUCGGGGCCCAGCCCUUUGCAGAGCAGCAAACGAUAACCGUUCCAAACAAAUAUAAAUUCCUCCGGUUUCACGAAGACGUUCGGCCACCCUAUUUCGGCACGUGGAGUAAAAGAGGUUCCAUUGUGACGGGAAAGACACCGUUUCGGAAAGAGACCACUCUAUUGGAAUACGACUACGAUAGUGAGGCGGAAUGGGAAGAAGGUGACGACGAAAUCGGAGAAGAUUUGGAGAACGGCGAGGGAGACGAUGAUGAAGAAGACAAAGAGGAAGAAGAAGCCGCAGGAGACGACGAAGACGGCUGGUUGGCUGCCGACGAUGAAAUCGAUGACGAAUUAGACGAUGAAACGAGAAGGCUUCGUAUAAAAGCCUUGGCUGCUGCCGAUAGUCCGAAACAGAAGGAACAAAUCGUACAUGUCAUCGCGCCGAGAGAUGGCAAACCUAUCGUUGACGCCCAUGUCUCCUGCGCUGCUAAAUGCGUUCAGGGCUUGGAUGUUCGGCAGGCCUCUCGUAUUUUAGCAUCUCAUAAGGCAUUGGUUCUAUAUGAUUGCGAUUUAUUUUUGGACGCGUUUCCCCCCGAGUUGAUCGACGAAAGCUUCUCCGAUGCUUCUCCUGCCGAAGCUAGUAACAAGGCACCGGGAAGUCAGGAAAUGUCCGAGGACGAUUUCAAGACCGUUGCCAAGUUUGUCCACAAUUGCACCCUUGCAUCGAAAGACAAGGUCGUCGACGAGCUUCGAAAGGCGCAUGAAAGCGUCACUAGCAGCCGUGCUCAUGCAUUGCGAGUGCUCGAGUCCAUGGCCGACAAAAAGAAGCACCCUGUAAAGGGCAUCUAUUGGGAGGUAAAAGGUGAAGUACUCGAUAAGCUUGGACUAGAGGAUCUCAAGUCUGUUGAAAAUGAUUCACAAGAUGUACUACGCACUAUUGCGAAAUUUGUACACAAUAGUACACUCAAUUCAAAAGAACGUGUAGUCGACGAGCUCUUGAUAGCUCACGAGUCGAUUGCAUCGAGCCGCGCGGAAGCCAUGCGCAUUCUCGAGUCUGUUGCGGAGAAACGGAAACAUCCUGUCAGUGGGGCUUACUGGCAAGUGAAGGAGCCGGCCAAGUCGGAGUUGGGCUUGGCAGACUUGUCGUCGAACCCGCCAAUCCUGCCUGGUACAGAAGCACUAGCGACUGCGUUAACUAUGCCCACUGAAAAAGAGAGGAAGGCUUUACAGGACACCCCAUCGAUCAAGGCGACAUCAACGUCAGGUAAGAAGCGAAAGACUGGGGUACAAUUAACUGCCGUAUCUUCUACAAAGAAAGCUACUUUGUCGGUAGCCGUUGACAACGAGCCAAGAGCCGUGAAGCCUCGCGAACCUUUGUUCGAAAAGGUCUCGAAAAGCCCAUCUAAAAAGCGAAAAGAACCGCCUGCUUCAUCCAAGAUUUUGACAUCGUUCUUAUCAAAAAAGCCAGCUGUCGAGUCGACGUCUGCUACGCAGCCAAUCGGCUAG